UGUAUCAUUUGCGCCCUCUAGUGGUGAUAAUGGGAUUUGCUUGGGGAACCACAACAAACAUGGCGGAUUGGAUUUGAUAUAAAUAGCUGUGACAAUGGAGAUAAAGGAAAUUACACGUAUGGCGAUACGAAUAGAGAAACUACACAAGGAUGGAAAUUAUGAAGACAUUUCUUGUUUACUAACAGACAUCUACAACAGCAAUGUGACACUAGAGCAACUACAGACCACUGACAUUGCCAAGAACAUUUAUCAGCUUUUAAAGUCAUGUCCUGUAGCCAGUAUUCGUAAAAGAGGAAAGGUGAUUCUUUCAAAAUGGAAGCGUUUGUAUGGUUCACAACAUGAACACAAAAACAUCAAAGACACAAAUCAGACAAAGGAAUGUGGAACAGAUGAAGCAGAAGCAGCCAAACAGGACCUAGAUCGAAAAGUGAACGACGACGAAACAAUAAUACGCUUCGACGUUGAAGAGAGUAAUGUGGACCAAGAAUCAAGUGAUUCAUCUUCUGCGAAAGAUGUGUCAUCAAAAGAAGAAUGUUCUUCAAGACUUCCUCAAGAAGAUUCGAAAACCACCUUAAUGGUUCCACCUCUGAUGAGCAGCUCAGCAGUCUUGAGAAACAAGUGUGUUGAACUCCUUAUCCAGGCUCUAAAUACAGAUCAAGCUGAUCCUGAGCUGACAAACCAGCUUGCUCACACAAUCGAAACACACAUAUAUGCCCUUCACGGCCAUAAUCCUCCCAAAUACAAAUCUUGCAUAAGAAGUAAGUUGGCCAACUUGAAGAACCCAAAGAACCCUCACCUACGGCAGGGUCUUCUGAGUGGCAGAUUGGCUCCAGAGGAGUUUGCCCGGAUGUCUGCUCAGGAGAUGGCUGGUGAUGAGUUGCGCCAGCUCAGGCAGGGCUACACGGCAGCGGGCAUUAACGAACACCAGCUGCCACAGGGACUGGAGGGGACGGCCACGACAAAGGUGCGAUGCAAUCGCUGUGAAGGGAUGGACUGUAGGAUGACGCAGAUCUCCCGUGGCACACUUUUCCUGCCCUCCUGGGUGAAGAAAGGUAGUAUCGAUGAAGAAGCCGUGACCUUCAUGACUUGUGCUAACUGUGGGGCGCAGUGGUACCAUAACCGCUGGGUGUGCCUUUGAUUUGACUCUGAAAACAUUGGAAAAUCUUCAAGACUACAGGGUGGUAUUGUGGUGCAGUGGGUAGUGUCACCACCUCACAGCACCAGGGACCCUGGUUUGCGUACUGUCUGUAGAAUUUUGCAUGUUAUGACCCUGACUAGGUCAUAUUAAUUUAUCAUAUUUAUGCUUGUAUAGGGGUGGCACAGUGGUGUAGUGGUUAGCGCUGUCGCCUCACCGCAAGAAGGUCCGGGUUCGAGCCCCGUGGCCGGCGAGGGCCUUUCUGUGUGGAGUUUGCAUGUUCUCCCCGUGUCCGCGUGGGUUUCCUCCGGGUGCUCCGGUUUCCCCCACAGUCCAAAGACAUGCAGGUUAGGUUAACUGGUGACUCUAAAUUGACUGUAGGUGUGAAUGUGAGUGUGAAUGGUUGUCUGUGUCUAUGUGUCAGCCCUGUGAUGACCUGGCGACUUGUCCAGGGUGUACCCCGCCUUUCGCCCAUAGUCAGCUGGGAUAGGCUCCAGCUUGCCUGCGACCCUGUAGAACAGGAUAAAGCGGCUAGAGAUAAUGAGAUGAGAUGCUUGUAUAGUAUACUUGGACAGUUAGUGGGCUAUUAUUUGCCUACUAAAUACGCUGUGGUAGCAUGCUAUACUGUAUUUAUAUGAUAAAAAAUGUGGAAUAUAAUACUUAUAUGCACAUGUUAAAUAUUAUAUUCUUUUACAAACACUUCUGUUAACCACCAAGAUUUAUGAUCAAUCCAAGAUUGAAAAUACGGCUUGAGUUCAUGUCUUUCAAACUGUGCGUUUUAAAAGCUCAGCUCCUCUUGAAUGACCACCCCUGACAAGAAUCAAUCUGUUACUGAAGAUGAACGAAUGAAUGAAUACGACUGUUGCAAAUCAUAUCAGAUAGCAGAACGAAUCCUAGACUUUUUGUAUGAUCACUUUCUUUAUAUCUCAAGUGCAAUAACAUACUAGUGCAUCUCAAAAAAUUAAAAUACCAUGAAAAAGUUUAUUUUUUCAUAAUUUAAUUCAAAAAGGUAAACUUUCAUAUAUUCUAUAUUCAUUACAUGUAAAGUGAAAUAUUUAAAGCCUUUUUUUGUUUUAAUUUUGAUGAUUAUGGCUUAUAGCUCAUGAAAAUCAGAAAUCCAGUAUCUCAAAUUAUUAGAAUAUUCCCUAAGAUCAAUCAAAAAAAAGGAUUUACAAUACAGAAAUGUCCAACUUCUGAAAAGUAUAUUAAUUUAUACACUCAAUACUUGGUUGGGGCUCCUUUACCAUGAAUUACUGUAUCAAUGCGGUGUGGCAUGGAGGUGAUCAGUCUGUGGCACUGCUGAGGUGUUACUGAAGCCCAGGUUGCUUUGAUAGUGGCCUUCAGCGUAUCUGUAUUUUUGAGUCGGGUGUUUCUCAUCUUCCUCUUGACAAUACCCCAUAGAUUCUCUAUGGGGUUCAGGUCAGGCAAGUUGGCUGGCCAAUCAAACACAGUAAUAUCAUGGUCAGCAAACCAUUUGGUAGUAGUUUUGGCACUGUGGGUAGGUGCUAAGUCCUGCUGGAAAAGGAAAUCAACAUCUCCAAAAAGCUCGUCAGCAGAUGGAAGCAUGAAGUGCUCUAAAAUCUUCUGGUGGAUGGCUGUGUUGACUUUGGACUUGAUAAAAUACAGUGGACCAACACCAGCAGAUGACAUGGCACCCCAAAUCAUCACAGACUGUGGAAACUUCACACUGGGCUUCAAACACCUUGGAUUCUGUGCCUCUCCACUCUUCCUCCAGACUCUAGAACCGUGAUUUCCAAAUUAAAUGCAAAAUGUACUUUCAUCUGAAAAGAGGACUUUGGACCACUGAGCAACAGUCCAUUUCUUUCUCUCCUUAGCCCAGAUAAGACACUUCUGACAUUGUCUCUGGCUCAGGAGUAGCUCGAUAUUAGGAAUGCGAAAGUUGUAUCCCCUUUCUUGAAGAUGUCUGUUCGUGAUGGGUCUUGAUACACUGACACCAGCCUCAGUCCACUCCUUGUGAAGCUCUCCCAAGUUCUUGAAUCAACUUUUCUUGACAAUCCUCUCAAGACUGCGGCCAUCCCUGUUGCUUGUGCACCUUUUCCAGCCACCCUUUUCAGCAAUGACCUUUUGUGGCUUACCCUCCUUGUAGAGGGCAUCAGUGAUCAUCUUCUGGACAACAGUCAAGUCAGCAGUCUUCCCCAUGAUUGUGGUUGUGUGUACUGAACUAGACCGAGAGAUACACUGUGUUCAUACUGUUUUACUCAAACUCGAAAUGAAAUAUUCUAAUAUUUUGAGAUGGGUUUUUUUAUGUUUUUGUACUGUAUGCUAUACUGAUUAAAAUUAAAAUAGAAAAAUGCUUGAAACAUUUUAGUUUAUGUGUAAUGAGUCUAUAAUAUAUAACAUUUUCACUUUCUUAAAUAACUGAUGGAAAAUAUUGAACUUUUUCACAAUAUUCUAAUUUUUUGAGAUGCACUAGUAUAUAGUUUCAGCAGGAAGGUCACUCUUUUCAUUUCCGUAUUAAUUAUGUAUAACAUCCAGCUGUGCAUAUUAAAAUGAGAAUGUGUCCUGCAAUGCCAUGGUUACUAUUCCCGAAAGAUAUAUUUCCUGUUCUGCAUGUGAUGAACAGCUGUUUAGAAUGUCAUUGUGGGUUUGUAAUGCUGAUUAUAAUCAGUUUUUCUGGCUGAAUAAGAUCCACUUUUGAGGAAAAUGACUUCACAAUUGCUUACAGUUACAUAUUUCUAACCAGAAAAGAAAUGGAGAACAUGAAAAGGAGGGUUAAAUGAAAUAGGAAAAUCCAUACCCUGGGUUUGAAUGUACGUCCAGCAAAGUUCAAUAUGCACAGAUUGUAAUAUAUUUUCACGUAUACAGCUAUAUUUCACAAAAACGGAAGCAUUUUAUUAUCUGAAAGUAAUUGCACACGAUGUGAAUAUUAAUAGAUGAGUGUGCCUGCCUGCAUGUUGUAUUCUGUGACAAAUCUUUCUCAUUUAAUAGGAGACACUCAGAUCAGCACUAAAGUUGACCAGCCCAAGAGACAAUGCGCUCGUAGAGGAAUGAUCAGGCCGAAACUCCAUCGCCUUCCUGCAGACAUGUGAUACGAAGUGUGCCACAUGUGCAGUGAACAUGUGACUCAGUAAUCUGCAGUCUGGGGGCAGUUUUCCCAUGAUGCUUUGCUGCAGAGAGCUUCAAUGCAUCAAUACACUGUAGGCCUGUAGCUUGCAGCAGUUAUAUCUGAUAUGAGUCUCGUUUGAGAGCACUGUGACCCAAGUUAUUAUUUGUUGUACUGUUUGUAGAGAGAUAAAGCACUUUAUUAAAAGGGUGAAACUUGUGAUUGUAGUGAAUAUAAAAUUAUGGCUGACUUUUUUUGUAAUAAAGUGGCACUAUUUGGGGAUGAAAAUACACUCUAGUGGAUGGAAAUAAAUAGUGACAGAAAUCUA